AUGGAACAAAAACUAAAAUCAGUACUACUUAUUAAAAUUACUACGUUAAUUCCUUUAUAUUGGAUAUAUCAUUUCAGGAGUGAUAUGGGUAUCUUUAAUAAAUAUCUGGAUGAGGACUAUAAGCAUGGUAAUGAGUUAUAUUCGAGAAAUUAUAGACUACUAGCAAAAUAUAAACAGGAAGAAGAUUUAAAUGUUAUAGGUAUAAAAGAAUAUAUAUCGAAAAAUGGAAAGAAUGAAAAAAAAAAAAUGUUUUAUAACGAAAAGGAGGCAACAUGUGAAAAAAAUCAAUUAAAUUAUAAUUUUUCAAAAAAUGAGGGGCAUUAUAAACAAGCUAUUAAAAAUAAAUCUAAUAUAUUUGAAACAAAGAAAUAUUCCUAUAUAGAAAAAAAGAUAUUCAAAGAACUUGAUUUUGAAGAUUUUCUUAAAAAAAAUAGGACAAUUAGUAAUAAGACUUACAAAAAACUAAUACGUAAAAAAUGCGGAUUGCGACUUGCUCUUCCUUUAAUAUUUUUUUUGUCGUUAUCUGUAUUACCCAUAUUAGAUUAUUCAAUGAGUGAUGGACAAAAUAGAUGGUUAAUGGAUCUUUUAGGAUUGAAGGAAUUAACCAGUUUGAAGUCUAUUAUUAGUGUGUUGUAUCCCUAUUUAAAAUGGGCAAAGGGUGCUGCAGAUACUGUUAGUGAAAGUAAUCAUGGUACUUUUGUAUUAAUGAAAUUAUUUGACUUUCUAUUAUAUAUUGUGCCUUUUUUUAUGUUAGGAGUCAUAUUCAUAUUAAUUGUUGUUUACUACCAUAAGAAAAUUAAAAAAUAUGAAAAAAUUAAGUACAGAAACGGUAAAUAA